CCCUGUCAUAUCAUUGUCAACGCACACCUGGUUGGAUUGUCUGACCGACAGGAUGUAACCAUGACCUCUACGAAGAGGCCUCAUGUAGUUCUCGAGGACAUGGCCGCUAACUCUGCCCCCUUCAGGUCGACACAACGAGCCCCACGCAGCUGCAUCCCCUGUUCAACACGCAAAGUCAAGUGUGACAAGUCGGAGCCGUGUUUGACUUGUGUCCGACGCGGCGAGUCGGCUUCUUGCAUUCGAGAGACUGUCUUGAUCAGGGGCGAGCCGAAGAAAUGGCAAGAAAGCACCGGAAACCCUCCGCAGGUGGAGGAUUUGCGUAGAGAGAAUGAACAACUGAGAGAUGAACUGCGCAAGCCCAAGAGUGGUCAGCUUUCCCAUUCCACACCCAGCACGCCACGAGGCCCGAGAAACAGCCACAGCCUCGAGAACAGCGAUUCGAUAGAAGACGCACUUUGGGACAGUAUCCGCUUCAAGGCCGUUCCUUCAGGUUCGACUAUUGGCAGCUGGGAGGAAGCUGUCCUACCCAGUCGGUCCGCGAGCGACCAUCUAAUCGCAUACGACCGGACAUGGAAUUGCUGGGUUCAUUAUGCUGUGGAGUACCCGCAGUUCCAGCAGGAGUGCGACGCUUUCAUGGACGCGCUUGAGAGCGGCCAAGCUCUUGAGAGCUAUGAUCAUCAUUGGAAAGCUGUUUACUUCAGUGUCUUAUGCGCCGCGUUACUCAUGAUGGAGGAGGAGGAGGCCACAUGCCUAGUCGCCUCGGAGCACGUGGAUAUGGACGUCAGCAGCCUAUGUCGCAACUGGUACGAUGCUGCCAUAUUCUCUCUCCACCGCGCAGAUUUCAUGCGAGUGCCGCACAUUGGUACUGUCCAGUGCAUCGCUGUGUUGGGCAUGUGCUUCAACAAUCUUGGCGAUGCAGAGCUCUGCCGACACAUGUGGAACAUUGCGCUUCGUAUUGCCCAAAAACUAGGCUUGAACACGCCAAGGUCUGAGCAUGCAGGAAGCCUGGGGACAGAAGCGCAGCAUCGGCUCUGGUGGACGCUGACGAUAUGCGAAUGGCUGGGUGUUCCACAUGAGCCAACCAGUCUUGAAGAGGUCGAUUUCGAAGUGCCUCUCCCACGCCCACAUGUUACCACGCGGAAUGGAGGAAAGACCGUCGUUGACCCUGCACACUAUCACGUCUUCAUGGCCCGGACAUCGAUUGUAUACAACCGUUUCUGCCAAUCCCUCCAGAGAAGCCCACUCUCCUCAGAGAAUGUUGUCAGAGCAGCCGACGAGGAAUUGGCACUCGUCAUAGACACCCUGCCUGACCAUCUGCAGCCUGAACUUGAAGCACACGGGAGAAUCCGUGAACCGGAACUAUCGGAACCAUGGAUCAAGUGGCAGCGCUUUGACAUCACCUUAGUGCUUCUGCACCAUCGCAUCCGCAUCAAUCGUACACUCCAGCGCCACUGGCUAUCUUCCCCCGGGGAGUUUGCUUGGGCUCGUACCGUGUGUGUUCAGUCCGCACUCGACAUCAUCUGGAUCAGUCGAAACUGGGACCAACCAGUGUCCAUGCGGAAGCAAUGGGCCCUAUCUUUCCAUCUUUUCGUGGCAGCAAUUCUGCUCCUCAGGGAAUGGCAAAGUUCCCUCGACGGUCGCAGUCUGGAGUACAAGGAGGCCAUCGAGGCUGGUCUGUCCAUUCUUGAACAGGUCCAGUCGCACAACGCGAUUGCCCGUCAUGCUGUCCGAAUACUGAAAGAAAACAUGUAUGUCACAUUCUAAUACUACUCUCAGGCCACUUGGCUUCCAUCGCAAGUCAAUAUCAUCGAUCAUGCCCUGCCAAGAAGAUCAAAUCCAAAUGCGCGCUUGGCCUCUACCGUCAGGUGGUCGAG